CGUGGCCCUUGAAGCUAUCCCGACCGACGAGGAAGAAGACGCCGCCGACGAAGAAGAAAGAAGAAGACGCCGCCGACUUCGCCGACGAAGAACUCCGCCGCCGUCGCCGCCGAUAGUUGGAGGUAGAAGAAGACGCUGAGUGAAUGGGGAGACCGAAAAAGAACUCAAAGCCCAACAAUGAGGGAGAAGGAUCAUCAAAGCAGCCACCUGAUGUACAACAACAAGAGGAACAACCCGUGAGGAAGAAACCCAAAACUGUUGCACCAAAAUCUUCAGCGAAAUCUCGUGAAGCAGCUGGAUUGUCACAGCAGCCGCCGGAUGAA